AUGUCUACGGUGCCAAUUAUCCGAUGCUCGCGGAGCUUCCGUGGUGUCACGAGACGUGCUCAGGUGGGUAUGAUUGCAACGCUUAUGUCCACAGUGGCCGAAAACAACAAUGGAGGACCAACAUCAAUUGACUCGACCGGCGGUAUGUCCAAACCAGUUGAGGACCCAAAGCGCCGAUUAAAACGGUUACGUGAGCCUCGCACUCCAGAACUGAACAAAGUCAUAGGCAAAGAGCAGUUGGACAAAUCCAGAGAGACCCGGCCGAGCUUGCGUAAACCCAAUAACGAACUCAAGGCAUUGUAUGGUCAUCAGAGGAUUUUGAACAGCACAGUCAGAGGCCCUCUACGUGUUCGCAAAGACGUAACCACUCAACUGGCCCCGGACAGUGCAAACGUUAGCGUUGAAGAUAACAAGGUUGUUGUCGGCGGCAAAACGGUGCCCAACAUCUGGCUGAGAGACAACUGCCACUGCAGCAGCUGUAUGCACGAAGCGACCAAGCAAAGACUGCAGGAUACCUUUGCCAUUCCUAAGGAUCUGUCCAUUAAAUCCGCGUCUCUCGCCAAAAGUACGGAUGGGGGGGAGAAAGAGAUUGAAAUUGUAUGGAGUGACGAUCAUGCGAGCAAGUACACUCGCUCGUUCCUAGCACAGGCAGCUAGAACCUACGAGAAAAGGUCCAUCGUGCGCCAGGGCUUGACGGACAUACAGCUCUGGGACUCAUCCAUUGCAUCUAAUCCGCCCUCCCGACCCUUCUUCAAGGAGCAGGUCCCCCGCGGACCACUCGAGGACAUACGCAAGUACGGCUUCUGCUAUGUCGACGGCACCCCCUUCGACAGCCCAGUGUCCACCGAGGCACUGCUGCGGCGCAUCGCCUUCAUCCGCGAAACGCACUACGGGGGCUUCUACGACUUCACCGCGGACCUAGCGUCCAAGGACACGGCGUACACCAACAUCGCGCUCGAGGCGCACACGGACAACACGUACUUUUCGGACCCGGCGGGCCUGCAGGCGUUCCACCUGCUGUCGCACACGCACGGCUCAGGCGGCGCAUCGCUGCUCGUCGACGGCUUCAAGGUCGCCGACGAGCUGUUGCAGCAGGACAGAGAAGCGUACCAGAUCCUGAGCACGGUGAAUGUGCACGCCCACGCAUCCGGAAACGAGGGCAUCAGCAUACAGCCCUACCGCGGCUUCCCAGUGCUCGAGCACGAUCCGUCGACGGGCGACUUGCUGCGCGUCCGCUGGAACUCGUCGGACAGGGCGAGCAUCGAGCUGCCCAUCGACGAGGUCGGGGUCUGGUACGAGGCGGCGCGCAAGUUCGAUGCGCUGCUCAAGAAGAAGGAGAACGAGUACUGGGCGCAGUUGACGCCGGGGCGGGUGCUGAUCUUUGAUAACUGGAGGGUGCUGCACGGGAGGAGCGCGUUUACAGGCAAGAGGAGGAUUUGUGGCGGGUACAUCAACAGGGACGAUUGGAUGAGUAGAUUGAAGAUGCACAAAUAUGGGCAGACGGUGGUGAUGGGUAGUUUGGCGAGUUCGUAG